ACGAGCCGGCAGUGUCGGUGGGGACGGGAGACGGAUUAGUCAUCGACAACGCGCCCUCUGGAAUGAGUGCCACGCGUCAAUUGCAAUCAUAUCUAAGGAAGGGCAGUACUGGAAACAAAAAAAUUUCACUGUGACUAUGACGCCCAGCCUACAGUCUGCUCUUUUUCUACGGGGACGAUAACCGAUACUAGGGCACGAGAGAGAGAGAUCUAGAAUUCGAAUAUGGAUGCAACCGAGGAAGGAUUGCUAGAUAAAAUCCGGCCACCGAGGCUAGAAGACGCCGGCCUCGAAGAUUGUGCGCUGCCGCCGGAGUCCAUCAAAGAGGCAUUCCUCAAGGCCGCGAGCGCCGUGCGGUCUAUCAUUUCCACAUCGGACGACGAAGCCGAAGACAGUUGCGUGGACGAUCCGUGGCCGAGCACCGGAGAUUCAUCCGAUUCGCUCGUCGGAAUCACGGAGGGAGUCGACGGCGGCCCAGGCAGCUGCGUCACCGAGAAGCCAGGCGGUGGAGUUCCUGAAGUGGGCGGCGACGAGGUGGUUGUAGCCGGUGCAGGCGGAAACGAAGACAAAACGGAUGCGCUGGUGGCACCGGGUCUGCCCCGCGGCGGCGGAGCUUGCGUUGACGGAUUAGAAGGAUUGAAGAUCGGAGAGAAGGCGAAAAAUUCAAGCAAAAAACCGGCAAAUGCGGAUGAAGAUGAUGAUGAAAAGACUGAAAAACCAAUCAUAGUUGAAGGUGGUUAUGCAUAGUAAACCGUGUCAUUUCACCAUUAAAUUUGCACUAUAGUCUAGAGUUUAUUAAAUGCUUAAAUGUAGAUGUGACCUCCAUUCUUCCUCCUUUCAAUCUUCAUGCCCUACCAGCCCACCCUUGGAAUCUCAUAUUAAGAUAGUAGUUGUACAACUUGUCUUGUAAGUUGAGCUAAUCCAUUAAUGAUGUUGACUUUCUUCCAUAUCCAUUUCUAUAAUUCUAU